AUGCAGUCUUUUCCUAUUCCAUCUAAGGUAUGGACACAAAUAGGAGUAGACCUAUGUUCAUUGCCACAUAGCAUUGAUGGGUUCAAAUAUGCUGCUGUUGAUUAUUUUUUAAAAUAUAUCGAAGCACAGCCUAUAAAGGAUAAGACAGCCCAUUCAGUGACCCUCUUUUUAUACUCACUGUUAUGCAGGCAUGGCAGAGUCAAGGUCCAAAUUUAUGAUCAGGGGCGCGAGUUUGUAAACCAAGUGAGCAAUGAAUAUCACAAACUCGUGGGAACCCAGCAGAGAGUGACAAGUGCCUACCAUCCUCAGGCUAAUGGCAUGGUAGAGCGAGCCAAUCGUACUCUUCAAAAUUCCCUCUUGAAGUGUACAAAAAGCAAUGAGAAAGAUUGGCCUGGAGUUCUCCCUGGUAUUGUAUUUGCCUACAAUUCAAGGCAUGAAUCCUCAAAAUUUACGCCAUAUGAGAUGAUGUAUGCCAGGAAAGCUUUACUGCCCUGUGAGGAUGAUAGAGAACCAGAAACAGAUCUUGACGAUCUUUUUGAUACAGAUUAUGACUGCAAUUUCCAAAGAAGGGCAGAUAAUAUGGAGGGCAUAUUCAAGACUGCAACAAAAAAUAUUAUAAAGGCUCAGCUUAAGCAGCAACGAGAUUAUAAAACUCAUACAGUCAAAAAAAUUACACAUUGUGAAACUAUAGAGGGUGUUCAAGAUCAAGUUCGACGAAAGUUAAAUCUAACCGAAGGCAAUAAAACGGUAGGAUCGAACGAACUCGUGGACAAUGAGGAACGCUCCCCUGACCCGGAUGAACGUGUCUUACCUCCCUCGCAAUAA